GCAGUUCGAAGACAUAGCAAAUGGCAGAAAUGCCAAAACUGAUGUGGUGGUCACGGAACAGAGAAUUGAUGAGAACAUCCGCCAAUUGGAAGAAGCUCUUGAAAAAGAGAAAACACGCAAGGCAAAAAUGCUAAAGAAGAAAGAACAAGAUGAACAGCAAGCAAAACGAGAACAAGAAGUCAGACAGCAUGUGGUAACUGUGUUAGGGGAAGAACAGGUUGUGACACUGAAUCAACUGGUUGAGUACCUUGCUCACUUGGAGACAAGGCUCGACCAUUUUGAGGCAAAGUUGGAAGAAUUGACCGUAGGAUUGAAGAAUGUGACUAACUUGGUCAAAGGAAAGGAAAAAGAGGUUCGGAAGGAACAACCUGUGAAGAAACUAAUGGGUGAUGCUAUAAAAGAUCUCAGGGUCGAAGUAAAGAAGGGGGAACCAUCUGGGCCUCCUCCACCGACGCCACCACCAUCCAGUCCUCACCCAUCAGGAGGAAAGAAAGAUAAAGAAGAGAAAACUGAGAAGUCAAAGAAGAAGGAAAAGGUAAAGAUUGAGAAGGAUGAAAACUUAUUACUGUGGAUUGCAGAAAUACAGACCUACGUCGGGACGACCCCCGUGGAAGAAGAAUCACAGGUCGCCUUCUCCACGUCGUGUCUUGGAGGGGAGGCCAAAGAGUGGGUCCUGGCCGAAGCUAAUGCAGCCGGAUUCGAUGAUAUUGGUAAGUGGGCCGGUACGAUGAUCCUAAAACAGUUCCUCGUCAAGAUCCGGGAACGUUUCCUUGACAAGACAACGGCCGAUAAGGCCUUCGAUCAGCUCACUACCAUAGGUCAGAAACAUUGGACGUCUGUGGAGGCGUUGUCCCGUGAGGUCGAUCGAUUGCUGCAAGUACCGGGCUUAAAUCUGCAGGAUGAUCAGGUCAUGUAUAUUUAUGCCCGGUCCUUACCUGAACCUAUAAGAGCUCAGUUAAUGGCCGAGUCAAAGUCAGGUAAGUACAAGUAUCGGCAGUUUCGUGAUUUGGCUCUCCAGAGAGAGCAAAUGACUUCUCAAGUUAAACAGUCAUAUGCAUCUGUGGUGAAAUCUGGUGGUGCAGGUGCGAGAUACGGUAAGCGAGUCCUUUGGCGCCAAAAGCGUCAGGACCACAUGCUUGUCGUCUUUGACGACGACACAGUGGAGAAGUUACCGUUAAAAGAAGAAGGAGUUCCCAGCAGCAGUGAGUCCGGAAAGGGGGACUUCACUGCUGCCGUGGUCAACAAAGGAGGACCACGAGGUCCGUAUCGAAGAAGGAAACCACGCUCGUUUCCUGCGUACCCAGGCAUCGCGGCAUUCAAGCCGUGGGAAAAGAUGGAGAUUGACCAAAAGACCAGGCAGGAUAGGAUGGACAAUGCGCAGUGUUUAAAGUGUGGAAAGGAGGGACACAUCAUUGCAUGGUGUCCACUCAUCCGACACCCACCGAGUCAACGCUACUUAAAGUUGACUCCUGGCUUUGACAUCAUUCAUUCUGUCAUGAGUCAAGGCUGACUCUACUUUGACGCGACGCUGGCUUGUGAGAUGCU